CAGUCUACUACAAGCCGUAGAAUACAUCACACUACUAAGAUGAGUUUCAAAAAUAAAGUUGUUUUGAUUACUGGCGCCAGUGCCGGCAUCGGUGCAGUAACCGCGGUAGAGUUCGCUAAGGAAGGCGCUAAUGUUGCCAUCGUAGGCAGAAAUGAAGCUAAACUGAAGGAAGUUGCACAGCAAUGCGAGAAACUCGGAGUUAAAGUACUACCCAUCAAAGCAGACGUAUCAAAAGAAAACGAAGCCGGCACCAUCGUUAAGAAAACAGUUGAUAAAUUUGGAAAAUUAGACGUUCUUGUCAACAACGCGGGCAUUCUCAAGACCGUUCCAAUUUCUGCGCCAGAAGUACUCUCAACAUACGACGAAAUCAUGAAUACGAACCUGCGAGCCGUGAUCCAGCUGACGAAUCUCGCGGCGCCAUACUUAGAAAAGACGAAAGGUAACAUCAUCAACAUUUCGAGUGGAGCCAGCAAGACUUUUAUCCAAAAUUCUGCUAUUACAAUUUACGGUCUUUCGAAGGCUGCCUUGGAUCAUUUUAGCAAAGGGAGUGCAUUGGAACUGGGUCCAAAAGGUGUUCGUGUGAACAUUGUGUCUCCUGGUCCCGUCCGCACUGAUAUGAUGGAUGCUAAUGGUGGAGAGGAGAACAAGAGCAUCACAGUGUUGGACCGAGUGUCAGAGCCUGAAGAAGUAGCUGAUGUGAUUAUGUUCCUCGCCAGUGAUAAGGCUAAGGGUGUUACUGGAGCAUACUACUCCGUUGACAAUGGUGUAACUAUAAAAUUCUAAACUAAGCCUAAUAUAAAUAUUAUGUGCAUUGUCCAGCGUUGUGUGUGAGUUACUUAUGGAUGGCAUGAGUCAUCAAUAAGCUAUAAGUGUAUAUUUUUAUGUUUGUAAAUAAUUCAAUAAUAUUUAAAUUAAUA